GUCCUUUGAAUUUGCAUAUAUACCCAUUAACCGCCCACUCUCGUCGCCCCCUGGAAAAAACAAAGUGUUGUUAUUUGCAUCAUCAUCAUUAUCAUCUUAAUCCACCAUUUCGGGUUAAAACUUGUAUGGGCUAAAAAUGGGCAUCAAAAUUCUAAAUCCAUGGUGGUUUCGGUUAUUGAGAAACCAUUUCUCCUGUCUCCACCGCCACCUCCACCACCACCACCAUCACCACCACGAGCCGCCUCGAACGAUCAAGGUCAUCAACUGUGAUGGGGUCGUCAAGAUCUACGACCGUCCGGUUCAUGUUUCCGAGCUAUUGAUCGAGUUCCCUAAGCACAUGAUUUGCCGUUCCGAUUCGUUUUACAUAGGCCAAAAGAUCCCGCCUCUUUCCAUGGACGACAAGCUCCACUUCGGCCACGAUUACUUCCUUCUCCCUCAACAGGCUUUCCAGUCAGCUUUAUCGUUCGUCACCAUCGCCUCUUUCGCCAACGCCAGAUAUUCGUCGUCUCGGGAAUCGGGAAACGCGAUGUUGAAGAAGGCCGCCGCUUGCCAACCUUUCCACAUCGAGAAGAGCGCGUCUGGGUGUUUAAGGUUACGGGUUUCCGAUGAGUUUAUACGUCAGUUAAUGGAAGAAAGUAACGUGAAAGAGGGAAGUGGUGAUGAGAGUUGCAGUAGAAUAUGCACCACCCCUCAGUUACAGAAACAGUACGCAUCGCUCGUUGGUUCACGCCAUUGGAAACCCACGCUGGAGACGAUUAAGGAGAAGAAGAAGAAGAGGAGGAGGAUUUCAUUUGGAAUGAAGAGAAAAAAUAAAUCGGUGUUGAAGAACAACGUAAAGAGCCAUCGAUCAUCAUCUCAGCAGCAUCACGGUGAUGUAAUCACUUGUGCAAAGCCUCAGUCGAAGCCCAAGAUUAAGUCUAAGAUUAAAUCAUCAAGAAAAUUAUGACAACCGAUUUUCAUUUUUUUUUACAUUGUUCCUUUACUUUUUUUUUUGUAUUUUCUUUUAUAAUGUAUGAAACAUCUCAUUUUGUUGGUAUAUAUUUGGCUGCAGAUUACAAGAAA